AUGACAUCCACAAGGUACGGCAUCAAUGCCUACCCCUCCAAGUACAACGAUCCCCCGUUCCAGAAGGAGCUUCUCAACAACUAUGGGCAGCGUAGUCAGCCUCGCCCAGGCAGAGCACCCGCCAAUGCCCCAGAUACCCCCAGCGAAUACGACAGGUUUGCAUUCUGGCCUGACGCCAUCGCUAUGGGAAGUCUUCAGGGAAGACAGUUCACUCAGGUAUUCGGCGCCGCCUGUAUCAAAGGCCAGGAUGAGCGGGGGCUGGGCAGGUCCUUCAUCAGUUUCGACCUCAAGCGCGAGAUUCUCGUCAUCAAGGCGACUACCAAACUCGACCCUCGUAUCCUCCCUCCGGCUCUCAAUCCUCUCUCCGCUGAGCUGUCUUUCAACGACAUUACGCAUCAAGGUAUCCAUAUCACCAAGAAGCCGCUUUCAGACGCUAUAGGCAAUCCAGACUUGCUGGAGGUGACAGUGACUGUCAGUUGUCGGCGACCUCCCAAGUUCUUUACGGAUUUCGAUCCUGGAGACGAUGUUCCCCAAUAUCUUCAGGGGACGAGGUACUCGUUGUACAGGAGAAGGGCGACUGCCAUGGACUUUACAACGUCGGGCGUGAGAGAACGAGAAGCUGGCUCUAUACCCGCCAUCCCAGAAGGACCUUGUGCUUAUCCUACGUUCUGGAACACCUACCGAUGGGUCUUUCGCAUGGACAGAAAAAAGUACGACAGGAUCACAGCAUGCGCCAACAAGAUCCGAGCCCUCGCCCAAGCCGACCCGGAAAUGGACCUCAUGUCUCUUGCCAGCGAGCGAGCACGAUGGUCUGUCCGGGUCCUGACGGGUGCAGAGUUCAAGCAGCUCUACACCCCUCCGGACAUGUCGAAACUCGCCUUUUCGACACGGACGUUGCUGGAGGGUCUGAUAGGACAUGGAGUGCUCAAACCGGCGAAUACGUCAGAGCUGAUCGUGACGCUGAGAAAGGUCUCGACUUCGACGGCGUUUCAUAACCGUAUUUUGGAGGCCUUGUUCAGUCAGGAGAUCAUCAAGGAUAUCAAAGCUCUCGUCCCCAAACUUGCUGCUUUCCUGCGUAGACGACCACCCUGUAUCCAACCUCAUCUCGUCCUUAUCCGGACCGUCCUCGUCACUCCCACCCGUGUCUUAGUCGGCCCCCCUCAAUAUGAACCUUCCAACAGUGUCACUCGUAGAUACUCUGACAAGCUUGAUGGUAUAAUUCGAGUUCAGUUUACCGACGAAGAAGAUCGUCUAUACGUUGUUGAUUACCUAAAAGACGCCGACAACAUUGACCCUGCAGUGGGUCUCAUGGCCCGGAUCCGUCGCGCCCUCCAGUAUGGUCUCAUCAUCGGCGGGCAGACAUUCUAUCCCGUCGCGUCGUCUGCGUCCCAGCAAAAAGAACAUUCCAUGUGGUUUAUCGACACUCGUGUGAUUGAUGGCUUGAGCCUGAGAAAUUGGAUGGGUACUGUACACGAGACUGUCGUCGCCAAGCAUGCCGCGCGAAUGGGUCUGCCCUUCUCCACGAGCCGUAUCGUCAAUAUGAAGAUCAACAUCGCCGGAGAACUCCCUGAUAUCAAAAGAAACGGUCGUAUCUUUACAGACGGCGUGGGAAUUGCGGGGAAGCUGGUGUUGCACCAAGCUGCGCUGGCACUUGGUGAAAGGCAGGGUCUGAACUCGAAUCCUUCUACCAUCCAAUUUCGUCUCGGUGGUGCCAAGGGCGUCCUGGCCAACUGGCCCCAGCUCGUCGGGGACGAAGAGAUCCGCCUCCGUCCCUCGCUUAUCAAAUUCACUUCUGACCUCGACGACUUGAAUGUCAUCCGUAUCGCCAAGUACCAAGUCGCCUUCCUCAACCGGCAGUUUAUCAGCAUCAUGUGUGCGAACGGUGUACCGCAUGAUUUGAUCAUUGAGAUCUUCCAAGAUGCUGUGGCGGAUAUCAAGGGGUUUAGGGAUAGGGUGAAGCAGGGUAGGCUGAGUAAGGCUGAUCAGCAGCUUGUUGAGCUGUGCAACGACUUCCCGUUCAUGCAACUCGUCCGCGCCGGCUUCAACACCAACCCCCUUCUCCUCGACGUCGCCGCCAUCCUCGAAUGCAGGGCUCUCCAAGAUCUCAAAUGGCGUGCUCGCGUCAAGUUGUCGAAUGGAGUCUAUUUGAUUGGGAUUUCGGAUGAGACGGGGAUCUUGAAAGAAGGGGAGGUGUUUUGUCAGUUUCAGGAGAAUGAUGAGACGCCGGCGAAGGUUGUUGUGAAUGAGGUUCUGAUUUGUCGGGCGCCUGCUUUGCACCCGGGUGAUGUUCGACGUGUACGGGCUGUGGACGUUCCCGAACUGCGACAUCUCAAGAACGUCAUCGUCUUUAGCACUCAAGGCGAGCGUGAUCUUCCAUCUAUGCUCGGAGGAGGUGACCUCGACGGGGACGACUAUACUCUCAUCUGGGACCAACGUUUCGUCCAGACGCUCAAAGUCUAUGACCCCAUGGAGUACACCGCCCCAGACCCGAUCAGCGUGGAGGAGGUGUCUCAGAAGCAUCUGAAUGAGAACUUUGUCCAGUAUGUCCUUAACGACGUGCUGGGACAGGUCGACAAUUGCCACCUUGCGCUGUCGGACUAUUUUACACCGUUUGAUCCCAGGUGCUUGCAUCUUUCCGAGGUUCACUCUGUAAUCUGUAGUGUUGAUUUUGCCAAGACUGGACAAGCUGCCAUGCUCGACCCUUCUCUUCGUCCCCAAGAAUGGCCCGAUUUUAUGGACAAGGACGAUGCCAAAAUCACCUACGAAAGUAAAGGGAUACUAGGCAAGAUCUUCCGACUCGUCCAACGUGACCCUCACUUCUCUCCCAGCGACCUAGAACGUAUGGGAUACCCGUCCGACCCGCGAAUAUCGAGAUACCCCUUGCACGAUAGUCUUUUGGAGAGGUUGAAGCCGCUCAAAGCGAGCUAUGAGAGGGAUCUUCAGUAUGAUAUGAGAAGGUAUCGAGUGUAUGAGCCGGAGAUUCCUACUGGUAUCGCGAUACGUAACAAGCGAAGAAAGAGAGUUCGUGACCAGAAUCUAAACGAACCUCUCCGAGAAGCCUAUUCCAUUCUCGUCAACAACGUCCGGGACGCCGCCGCCAAGAUUCUCCGCGACUUUUCCUUCAAAACGACCCUCACCCCCAUGCAAGUCGUCGCCCGUCACUGCUAUGCCUUGACGUUUGAGGAGAAGUAUGUCAAGCAGUGGGAACAGCAGCAGCAGCAGGGAGCGUGGGGCGGCCAGAAGGUGGAUGAUGAUGAUGAGGAGAUUUUGAGGCCCAAGCCUCUUAUGUCUUUUGCGUGGUGUUUCUGGCAAGAGCUUUUGCAGAUUGUGAACCAGCCGAACCCGGAGGUUCGGAAGGCCCUUCUGGCGUCUCUUCCUGCCGAUGAUUCGGAGGAGGAAGAAGAGGAGGAUGAUGAGGAUGAGAGUGAAGAGCAAGGGCAGGGGCAGGAGGCAACAGACACCGAAAAGGCAAAAAGACCGGCUCCCCGCAAGGUCAGUAGGAUUGCCCCACAACUGAAUCAUUCCGUCAAGAAGACGCCCAUCGCGCCUUUCCUGCCUCCCGAGGAUUCAGACGAGGACGACGAGGAGUAG